UUAUAUUCUAAACGCCUCUUUCAAAAAUAAUCUCCUCCUUCCGCAAAUGGCGUGCUCAGAAUCAAGUGUUGAGUAUUUACACGAGCUUUUCUCCACAUCAAAUAUUUUGCCAGAAGAUCCAGCUUUAGUUCUAUUUGAAAAUAACCAUGGAAGAACUAGCCCUAACCACUGGACAACAAUGAGUGACACAUUGAUAGUCUCGCCAGCAGCGGGUCGAACUGUUUUGGACGUUAUUGUUUGCAGUGGUAUUGACGCUCCGAAAUAUGCUAUUUCUGAUUGCCAAACCUUGGCGAUGAAGAGUGGAACAGGAAUCAGAUCCCAAUCAGUAUCAAAUCUAACUGACAAGAAACUUUGCCACUCUGAUGAAGAAAUUUUACAAUUAAAAAACAAAUUCCUGCUUCUUGCUGAAUUAAGAAACAGGAGAUUUUUCCGGCUGCUGGAGGAAAACCAAAAAUGGACACUUGCUCUUGUAUGUGCUGUCUAUUUCUUCUGUUACUCUGCAAUAUCUAUGCUUUCACCGUUCUUCCUAAAGAUAGCAGUUUUGCAUAACAUUUCCACAAGCACAUAUGGUUUGAUUUUCAGUAUUCAUCCUGCUGUAGUGUUCUGUACAUCCCCUUUUAUUGGUCAUAUCACACCUUCCCUUGGACCAAAAUUUACCUUUAUUUCAGGUGUCUUCCUCUGUGGAAGUUGCAAUGUGCUGUUUGGAACACUUGAAUAUGUCCAGGACGACACCCAGUUUACUGUACUCUGUUUUAUUAUAAGAGGAUUGGGAGCUGUUGGAGCCGCAGCAUUCUCGACAGCUGGAGCCACCUACGUUGCAAACAUGUUCCCCGAUAAAGUCAGCGUAAUUAUGGGUACAUUGGAAACGUGUAUUGGCUUGGGAUUUUCGAUUGGACCACUAAUCGGAGGAGCCCUAUUCACGUUAGGAGGCUUUCAGCUUCCAUUCUACGUUAUGGGUUCGGUAAUGCUUCUGACGUUACCAUUUACUUUUCAUAUCCUACCAAAAAUGGGACAUAUUAAUAACAAUGGACAUCACGGAACAAAAUUGUUAACAAUUUUCAAAAUACCUGCUGCCUCGAUUGUUUGUUUAGUAAUUGUUGUAUCGUCAAGCGCUUGGAGUGUUUUGGAGCCAACUUUGGUUAUCCAUAUGGAGCAGCUUGCUCCUAUGCGACUUGGACUUCUAUUUCUUGUCACGUCAUUCAGUUAUGCCAUUUUUAGUCCGUUUUGGGGCUGGCUAGUUGGCAAAUAUGACCACGAAAAUUUAAUGAUGAUAGUGGGUUUGUCGGCUACUGCAAUUAGUUUGCUAUUACUGGGACCUUCUCCUGUUUUACCGGAACUUCCUAAGUUAUUAUGGCUUGACAUCUUAUCCCUUUUUCUGAUCGGUGUAUUUGUAGCCAUGGCAUACGUGCCAACUUACCAGGCUUUGCUCGGAUAUGCCAUACAAGUAGGCUGCAACACGGAACUGAGUACGUAUAGUGCCAUUGCUGGUUUAUGGGCAUCCAUGUAUUCCUUGGGAGAGGUCUUAGGUCCAUGCGUCGGCAGUAUAAUAGUUGACGUGUAUGAUUUUCCCAUGGCUAUGACAACUUUUGGAUUACUCAAUUUGGCGGUAGCACUAUUAUUGCUGUGCAAUCAGGUGUGCGCGGCCAUUUGGUCGAAACAAAAUGUGUCCAAUAUGCAACUUCUGUUAUCCAAUAACGAUACUCCCAACAUCUCGCAAGUUGGACCUGCGGACCCCGCUAUCGCCAUUGAUGAAGAAGAAAAGCUAAUUUUCCGGAAAGAUACAAGUCAGACAUACGGCACAGCAUGCUAAUGUAAAAAGCGUUUCUUCCUUAAGAAAUCUUUGUCGGAAAAACCUCUAAGUCUGCGUGACUAAGAAAGCGUAACCAAUAUUCUGCAUUGGUUGAAUAGCGCAGUCCCUUUCAUAUAGUUGAUUUUUAUUCUGUCCCGUGAGUCCCGAAUCGCAAUCUUCUUUUGUUUGAAGCAAAACGAUUUUUUUAGAUACAACCAAACAUCUGAUGCAAUACACAGUAGACGAACAACUCAAAGAACAACAAUUGUGAGAACAUCGGGUACUGUACCUUUAACGGGUAACAUCAUAGAAGAAGGGGAAAAGCUAGCGGGUUAAUGAAUCGCUAUGAUGACGAACCCAAGGGCUAAAUCGAUGGGCAGCAACUAAAAAACUUUAAAUUAUUCCGGUUGCGCUAACAAAAAGAAAUGGUAGUACCCCAAACGAAUCGAAACAACAAUUUGAAAUGAUUUUUGAAUGAAAUUUGUAGACCAGUUGAUGGGCCGCA